AUGGAGAUUGUGGUCGAGAAAAAAUUCACCACUCCUUUGGAUGGGAAUGGCCUAAACGGAGCCCAGCAGGGUGAUUGGACUAAUCAAGUCCUCUACCUCCUAUAA